AUGGCGGAGCUCAGAUGUAUAAACUGUAAUGAGGCUUUUGAGCGUGAACAAGGACAUCGCUGCUUAAACAGCCCGUGGAUGCUGGGAACUGAGAAUGCAAACACAAUAUUGGAGGAUAAUGAGAAUGAACUUAAUCUUGAUGAAAAUGAGGUAAUUUCUUCGGUGAGCGUGCAAUUACCUAAAUUAUCAAAAGUCUGCACUGAAAUAUUCAACAGAAAUUCCGAUUCUGACACUGAUGCCAGUUUAUCGAAAGAAGUAAUUUUCGGAACUGAUCAGCAUAAAAAUUCAAACCCUCUCUCAUUUUCGGAAAAAUCUGAGACUUGUGACAAACGCUCCGUAAGCGACAUCCAUGCAAUUCCUGGUCCUUCCCGAUUGCCCUUGAAUGAAAGCGAAGGAAGUUUUUGUAAGGAAGAAUUCCAAUUCAAACCUACUGAAGUAAAUCCUACUGAUCCAGUGCCUACUGAGGUAAAACUGCGGACAUGUAAAAUUUGCCAUAAAGUAUUCACAAAGAAAUAUCACUUAAAAAGGCAUAUGCAAAUUCACGAAGGAGUAAAAAACCUCACAUGUGACUUUUGUGAAAAAUCGUUUCAUCGAAAGAAUAAUCUGCAGACACACGUCAAGACGCAUACGGGUGAAAAACCAUUUCCUUGUGAUGUUUGCGGGAUGCGAUUCAUAACACACUAUCGUUUACAAAGGCAUAGAACUGUCGAUGGAAGAAAAAUGGUGCGGGAUAUUUCGGAUGGACUAGCCUUUGAAGGACGAGAAUAUGUCUCAUUAGCCAGUGAGCAACUGCCUGGAUUAUCAGCCGUCUCUACUGAAAUAUUCAACAGAAAUCCAGAUUCUUACACUGCUUCCAGUUUAUUGAAACAAGAUACUCUCAGGAUUGAUAAACAUACUCGUUCAAGCUACGUUAUAGUUUCGGAAAAAUCUGAGGAUUACGAGAAAUGCCUCGUAAGUGACAUCCAGGCAGUUCCUAGUUCUUCCCAAUUGCAGGUCAGUAAAGACAAAGGCCGUCUUUGCCAGGAGUAUUUGCAACCAAAACCAUAUCGUGCUGUGCCUACUAAUGUGAAAAUUGUAAUAUGCAACAUUUGCCAAAAAGUAUUGAAGAGAAACUAUUUGAAAAAACAUAUGCUAACUCAUGGAGGAAAAAAAACACACAGAUGUGAUCUUUGUGGAAAAUCGUUCCUGCUAAAGUCGAAUUUACUGAAACACACAAGGGGUCAUACAAGUGACAAACCUUUCAGUUGUGAUGUUUGUGGGAAGCGAUUCGAAACAAACGAUGAUUUAAAGAGUCAUAUUAACCCAUGGGGAAGAGAAACCAUACAAAUGUGA